UUAUCUUAUUGUGUUGUUGAGAUAUACCACUAUAGAGGCAUGAAAGUCGAGUGGGGUGCGCAGCUCGCUUGCCUGCGCAGCUCGCUUGCCGGGUACGUUAGUGUUCUCGCAUUCAACGGGAAUUCAAUAGUUCCUACCCCAGUUUCAAGCGAACACCAGUGCCAUCGUGAAGACGUGUACGAGUCAAUCCGUUGUACUGGAAGCGUGGCAUCCGUGGGUCGGCUGCUUAAACGGGUUCCCUGCACGUAUACGCUUACAAGAACACAGUGAUGUGAGCAUUCAUGCCACGGAUUACCCGAGUCGACAAGUGCCUCAAGUCAUGGGUUGCAGAGAAGACGUAAUUGUGCAGGUCCAUGUAUGAGAACCUCUGGGAGUACCCCCGAAAAGGCCUAGCGUAGGUCGGAGGAGGCUGAAUCUACCUCGAUCUGCCCAAUCA